AUGUGGCGGCCGUCACAGCUCUGCGGCUUCCACUCUGCCCUGCUGCACAGCAGGCGGAACCCCUGGCGGUGCCCCCCUGCCUUCCCCAGGAGAAACCUCAGGGUCCUGCCCGCAAGUUGGUCCUUCAGACCCCAGCCCCUAUGGAGGAAGGCGCUCUCUGCCACGAUGCUGGGGGUACCCCUGCUACUUGGGGCCCGCUAUUUCACAGCAGAGCCUCAGGAGAAGAGAAGGAUGAGGCUUGUGGUGGACGGCGUGGGGCGCUUCAGCAGGUCUCUGAGGAUAGGCCUACAGAUCUCCCUGGACUACUGGUGGUGUGCGAACAUCGUCCUGCGUGGGGUGGAAGAGAACAGCCCAGGGUACUUGGAGGUGAUGUCUGCAUGUCACCAGCGGGCGGCUGAUGCCCUGGUCGCCGGAGCCAUCAGCAACGGGGGCCUGUACGUGAAGCUGGGCCAGGGGCUGUGCUCCUUCAACCACCUGCUGCCCCCGGAGUAUAUCAGGACUCUACGUGUGCUGGAAGACAGGGCCCUCACGCGCGGGUUCCAGGAGGUGGACGAGCUGUUCCUCGAGGACUUCCAGGCCUUGCCCCACAAACUCUUUCGGGAGUUCGACUAUCAGCCCAUCGCCGCCGCGAGCCUGGCCCAGGUGCACCGAGCCAAGCUGCACGAUGGCACGGAGGUGGCUGUGAAGGUGCAGUACAUCGAUCUGCGGGACCGCUUUGAUGGCGACAUCCACACCCUGGAGCUCCUGCUCCAGCUCAUCGAGUUCAUGCACCCCAGCUUUGGCUUCAGCUGGGUCCUCCAGGACCUGAAGGGCACCUUGGCGCAGGAGCUGGACUUCGAGAACGAGGGCCGAAACGCCGAGCGCUGUGCCCGGGAGCUGCAGCACUUCCGCUAUAUCGUGGUCCCCCGCGUGCACUGGGACACGUCCAGCAAGCGUGUGCUGACGGCUGAAUUCUGCGAAGGCUGCAAGGUCAGCGAUGUGGAGGCCAUCAAGUGCAUGGGGCUGGCGGUGAAGGAUAUCGCGGAGAAGCUCAUCCAGGCUUUUGCGGAGCAGAUAUUUUAUACAGGCUUCAUCCACUCGGACCCCCACCCUGGCAAUGUUCUGGUGCGGAAAGGCCCCGACGGGAAGGCCCAGCUGGUGCUGCUGGACCACGGGCUCUACCAGUUUCUGGACAAGAAGGACCGGUCGGCCCUGUGCCAGCUAUGGCGGGCCAUCAUUCUCAGGGACGAUGCCGCCAUGAAGACACAUGCAGAGGCACUCGGAGUGCCCCCCCCGGCCGGGGGGUGCGGGCCUGGGGGCUUGUGGGGCACGCAGUCCUGGCUCACCGCCCCCCCAGACUACUUCCUCUUUUCCGAGAUGCUCAUGCAGCGGCCCGUACGCCUGGGGCAGCUGUGGGGCUCACACCUGCUCAGCCGGGAGGAGGCAGCCUACAUGCAGACCAUGGCGCAAGAGCACUUUGAGGACAUCAUGGGGGUGCUCAAGGCCCUGCCGCGGCCCAUGCUGCUCGUGCUGCGCAAUAUCAACACCGUGCGUGCCAUCAACACCGCCCUGGGCACCCCUGUGGACCGCUACUUCCUCAUGGCCAAGAGCGCGGUCAGGGGCUGGAGCCGCCUGGCAGAUGCAGCGUACCAGAGCCUCUACGGUGCCAGCCUCCUGCGCCACAUCAGGGUCAUCUGGGAAAUGUUCAAGUUUGAAGUGGCCCUAAGGCUGGAGACCCUAUCUAUGCGGCUCACUGCCCUCCUGGUUCGGCUCUUGGUCCACCUGGGCCUCCUGCCUGAGACCCAGCGGCUCUCUGAGUACUUGGAGACCUAG